AUGAUCGAGGAAAUGCGCGCUGCGCCGAUGAAGAAGAAGUGGAACUUCGUAAAAUCGAAUCGCAGUCGUUGUUUCGUUACGAUUGCUUGUGGUUAUUUAUUGGUUGGUCUGUAUAUUCUAGAGACGAUGACAGUUUCAAAAAUGAUGUCUGCAGCCCGCUCGGCGGGCAUGCGCUACAAGAAACGAAAUUCGACGACGCAGCUUAAGAAGAAAAAUCGUUCUGGAAGCUGUAGUGGUAACUCUAUCGACUCAACUACACAGAGCAACGUGGAAUCAUCAAAAAAUCCGAUUUUAAUAAGCGCAAACUCGUCCGGAUCUCUUCUCACCGUUCCGUCGUCUACAUCGUUGAUCAGGAAACGAAGCGGAAGCGUUCCAGUUUUCAAAGUUAUCACUUUGGCAAAUCUAUGGAAUCUGAGGUACGAACAGGUGCGAGCUCUGCGUAUGACAUGGGCUCGACUAUGCGAACCACCUCGAUCCAAUUGCAAAGGAAUUGUGAACUUGGUUGAGAGAGUUUGGGAAAAGCUGGAUAAUAAGGACCCAUCAGUACGUAAUAUUUUCUACAAUGCGGCCUUUGUUGAGACAAUGCAUGAAAGAUGCGAAAGAAGAAGAUCGAAAGGAUCCAUUGCGACGUUACGAGACCACACACAUUUCUUCGUAUCGCUGGUUUCACAGGUAAUCCAAAAUCUUGAUGUCGAUCCGCAGUACAUCCUCGAUCACAUUGAAACAAUCGGAAGAAAUCAUGCUUACCUGAAGCAGUACGGUUUCCGCUCUGUACUAUGGGAUAAAGUUGGCGAAUAUUUCGUCGAUGUGGUUGUUAUUCAGGAUUGUGUACGUGGUUUUCCGGAAGCCUGUAGAGCAUGGACUAUUCUCAUUGCUGCUCUUGUCGAUCGACUUCGAGCAUCUCCACGUCGUGGUAGUUGUGCUUUGUCGGCUGCAUCCAGUCAGAACUCUUUAUGUGGUUCCACACAUAGUGAAAAUUCUAUAAGACGCGGAAGUGUCAUGUCAGGUUUGAACGACAGCCAAAACAGCGUGAGCGACUCGACGGCGAAUACUAGUGGGACUAUUCCUAGAAGAAAAUCCGGUUGCCAGAGUACUCCAUCCGGUCUCCGUGGAGGUUGCAUCAACAUGGCAUCGUUGGAGAAUGCACUUCCUGAUAUUCGGGCAAGUAAUCCAGCCAUAGCUUAA